CCAAUUGCUGGACUGAGGUGGGGGAGAUAGCUGCUCGGAGUCCGCCUGCGACUAUGGAGCAGUCAGUAAUUGCUGGAGACAGGGAGAGCUGGGGGUUGGGCUGAGGUAGCCAUGUAUAAAUAGUGUGAUCUCAAAUUGAAAGGCAUAAAUAACAGCAGGAGUGAUCUAACCCUAUACAGCCCAUCUUCUACGUGCAAAAACAGCGUGCGGAGGACGGCCACAUCUCCGAUUGAAAACAAGUGGAUCUCUGUGGAUAAGAUCACCGGGCAGCCAUGGAAGAACUUACGGCUUUUGUAUCCAAAUCUUUUGACCAGAAAAGCAAAGAGAGCAGCAGCGGCAGUGGCAGCGGCAACAAGAAGGAGACCAUCACGUACAGGGAAGUUUUGGAGAGUGGGUUGGCUCGCUCUAGGGAGCUUGGAAACUCUGAUUCUAACCUGCAGGACAUGACCGAGAGCAGCAACCAUUGCCCGGUGCAUCUUUUCAAAGACCACGUAGAGAGCGACAAGGACAAAUUGAAGGAGUUCAACACGGGCAGGACAGCGGAAGGGAUCUACGAAUGCAAAGAGAAGAGGGAAGAUGUGAAGUCAGAAGAUGAAGACGGACAGACCAAGCUUAAACAAAGGAGAAGCAGAACCAAUUUCACACUAGAGCAGCUGAACGAGCUGGAAAGACUUUUUGAUGAGACUCACUAUCCGGAUGCCUUCAUGAGGGAGGAACUAAGCCAGAGGCUGGGACUAUCUGAAGCUAGGGUUCAGGUCUGGUUCCAGAACAGGAGAGCAAAGUGCCGAAAGCAGGAAAACCAGAUGCACAAAGGUGUGAUCCUGGGAACCGCCAGCCAUUUAGACGCCUGCAGAGUAGCCCCCUAUGUGAAUAUGGGAGCCCUGAGGAUGCCUUUCCAACAGGGUGAACUUGUUGAAAUUGUAGGAUUGGGAUGUGAAUUUUCUCAGGCAUCCAAGCGAGAUGCUGAGAAGCGCUACCAAUCUCAAAAUGUUACAGGAUACACAUACAGUACUGGAAAGGGCUAUAAGGUUUCUCUGGAACCUUUUCUUCUCCAGACCGAACAACUUCAGAUCUCUCGGCCUGUCAUCCUAGAAGAGUUGUUCCAGGUCCCUGAUUAUUCUUGA